CUACGGUAGCCAGUUCUGUUUUAGACAUUGUGGUGAGAGCACGCGCAGCUAGUUCGCGUUUCGAUCGGACUUUUCGCGAAAUAAUAUUUAUUAGUGUUUGUGAAGUGUUACGUUAGCGAAAAGGUGCCGUGAACCAGUGUUUAAGUGUUUUCGUUAUGACUUAAUCCAGUUAAUCCAGUGUGUUGAUGGAUGUUUUAAGUGUGUGCAAAAAGACUAAAUACAUAAUAAUGGAAGCUUUGGAAAGGAGAGGAAAUUUUUUGGCCCUGACGGCGAUUGUAUUCAUAGUGUUUUUGUCACAAUGCAAUGGUGUCGAAGGCAAGAAUUCCACAAGAAUGUCGUAUGUCUGCCCGCCAAUGUUCAUCAGAUUGGGCCAUAGCUGCUAUUUCUUCAGUGAAAACAAAGCUACCUGGCAGAACGCACUAUUCUCGUGCAAGGACCGAGGUGGAAAUUUAUCAGUACCAGCGCGUUGGGAGGACAGAAAUCUACGCAACUAUCUGAACAGACCUGGUAUCGAGAAAGCAAGUCGAUGGAUCGGCGGUAUUUAUGACUACGUGUCAAAAGCUUGGAAGUGGGGCGGCGAAUUGAGGGAGAUGCAUUAUCAAUCUUUUAGCAAGAUGAAGAAGAUGACACCAGAAGAACUACAGUUCCACUGCAUUGCUAUGACGCCCGAAUUACUCUACCGUUGGGCCGCCCGCACUUGCUACGAGCCGCGCCAAUUCAUCUGCCAGACGAAACUCAAAAAAGUACCCAAAUCUAAACUCAAAGAACUACGACGACGUUACCAACGAAUGGGUAAAAUCAACGAAAUAACCGCACCGAGCGUUAGCAGAGAGGUCGACGACCCGCGAAUCAAUGACGUCACCAGUAAUCCUGUCAAAAACCCAAAGUCAUACGAUUUAAGACCCAGCCCUCUAAGAAAACUGCCGAAACGACGCCAGCAUAAGCUAAGGAAUAACAUGAGACCGUAUGACAUGAGACCGAACGAGGUGAGGAAGCGAUCACGGCCCGACGCGCAGCGAAGACUCACAAGACCAUUCCCUGGUUACCAAUGGAACCGACGCGACCCCGAAGGCUCUUACAAGCAAAACGCUGACAUUCUGCUGUCAGGACGGACUGGGCUAAGUCCACAACAAAUCAAAGUCCACCUGUCUAGACUAGAACACCUGCGAGACAGGCAAUUAGCCAGACAGAAACGCCUUAGAGAAAAUGAUGACUGGCUGGUAAACGAUCCACCGGCGAUUGUCCACACUCACGCUAGGACGUAUACAGUAGACAAUAAGAUUAGUGCUCUCCAUCCGAAGACGAUAGUGGAAGAGUUUGACAUGUUACCACCGCCGCCACCAGCUGUCAUCCCACGACCAGUACGCAAUAUUUGGUGACAGGAGGAUCGCGAUUAAAACCUUAAUACUCUUAUAAAACUAUCUUUAACUAGUUUGGAUGAAUUUUGUUUUAAAAACUUGACUAGCUUUAAGUUUACGAAGCGAUUUCCCAUACCAGUUACAUUUUGCGCUAGUUUAGAAACAACGCCAUCUAGUGUCAAGUAGGGUAUUGUAAAAAUAUUUAAGUUUCGAUUAAAUUCUUUUGCUUCUUUGCUUAGUUCUUCUACUCUUCAAUCGCUAGAGCAGUCAGAACGACGACCUAUUUAUUAAAAAACUUAACGACCAAUGUUUUGAGUGUGCUUAGUCUUAGACUGUUUAAAUAGAAAUGUACUCUUAGAUAUUAAGAAAUAAAAUUGAUUUGAACCACCUUUAAAUAGUAUCCAAUAUCUGAUUAAAUAGAUAUUAAGUUUGUAUAACAAUUAAUAUUUUUUCAAUAGUGUUUAGUGAAUAAGUUUCGAAAUUAAAUUAACAUACUUUAUUUAGUUUAUACGCUAACUAAUACUUUUGCUUUUUAAAUGUAUUUAAAAAUGAGUCGUACAUUAUAUUGGCAUUUUCACUAAAAAUAAGUACUUAUUAAUUUUAAUUAUACGUUCCAUAAUUAUAAUGAUAAGUAUAAAAUUGUAAGUUUAGUGCCAAUAGUAAUCCUCGCAUUUAAUUAAAACUAAUAAAAUAAUUCAUGAUUCUACGUAUUCAUUACCAAAAUGCGUAUCCACGACAUUACAAUAAUUAUAAACCGGCUGUUACACGUCAUAUGUCAAUGUCAGACACAAGUCAAUUGUCAAUGUCAGUCAUAUAACAGAGUCGUGGUGGCUGUACGCAUGCGCUAUCGGUCUUUUGAAGUCUU